GUCAACGGAAACCAUCCGAAUUGGGGGCCGAAAUCAAAAUUUACGUGUUUGGUCGGCGUACAACGAUCCUAUUUCAAUCACAAGCGGUUUCGUUCUCCAGAUACAAGCAAAAGUACCUGAUUAACUGACCAAUGCGUGCCGUCGUUCACUCAAGACGAUGAAACCUGUUGACCCCUAACCUUGAUUGAUGGGCCGUCCAGAUCGUUCCUUGUCGCCAGCUGCAAGAUGCCUCGGCUAAUCUAUCGCCAAAGGAUUCUCACCAUGCUUCUUCUGAUGUCUCCCUUUCAAACAUGGGCACCAAGCUUCCUGCUGUCGAUACCACCUACGAUGUAACCCUAGAACAUCAUCCUGUACGAUUCUCCACUGGAGGUCCUUGCAUCGGAGCGUGACUAUGAAUGAUCCGGCGCCAGGGAUUAUCCCGUUUGACUCGACUGUGAUACACUCAGAUUCAGUUGACUGUUCGAAGCCCAUCAACAGAAGCAAUCUAAAGGGGAAGGCUAUUGUAAUCACCGGCGGCGCCAGCGGCUUUGGAAAGGCCUGCUUCGAAGAAUGGGCCAGCCAUGGAGCCAACAUCAUUAUUGGCGAUAUCAAUGACAAAGCCGGAACCGAACUCGUGGCUCGAAUGCGAGCUUCAACGAACAAUCCCAACCACCAUUUCAUUCAUCUCGACGUCACGGACUGGCCAAGUCAAGCUUCUUUCUUCAAGCAAGCAGCUAGCCUCAGUCCCCAUGGUGGCAUCGAUUGUGUGAUGGCCAAUGCUGGCGUUGCCAUUGCACCAGAAAAUGCGGGCUUCGAGGAGCCGCCCGACUAUUCGACGAUGGACAGUCCAGCUGCGCCGCCAAUGAGGACGCUGGACACCAAUCUCAACGGGGUCAUGUACACGACGAAUCUUGCCCUUUCUUACCUCAGCAGGAAUCCUGGCAGUGAGAGAUGUCAGAUUGGUAAAGACACUGCAACGCGGGAUCGGCAUUUGAUACUGGUGUCCUCGAUUGCAGGUCUCGCGAGUCUGCCGUCGCAACCGAUAUAUGCGGCUGCGAAGCAUGGCGUUGUAGGGCUUUUCCGGGCUCUCAGAGUGACAACACCUAUCAAGCAUGGUAUCAGGAUCAAUAUGAUUAACCCAUACUUCGUCGACACCCCAAUAUUGGGUCCAAUGGGAGCUGUAGUGCUAGCCGGCGGUGGCAUGGCUACGGUUCCCGAUGUCGUUGAGGCAACGACUCGCCUUGUCGCUGAUCAGGGCAUCAUCGGACGCGCUCUGGCUAUAGGGUCCAAGACGUCUGCGGAGGAUGCGAGAGCCAUGGGUCUCGAGCUGCAGACUAAGGAUCAAGCUGUGUGGGAUGUCCAUGCCGAUGACUUUGCACAGUCGGAUCUAUUUGUUCGAAGGAUUAUCGGAGUGACGAACCUGAUCACCCAAGCGAAAGGAUGGGCUGGCUUCGUUAGUGACGUGGCUAGGAAGGUGUCUGGUGCUACGUGGAAAGCCCUGGGAUACUAAGAAGCUCGGUGUCGAGCACCAACUUAUUAAGUUUGAGGGAAUGACUAGCCACUAU